CCUCAACUUGGCUCAAGAGUCGAGACUACAUGAAAAAUAAAAUAAUACUAAAAUACACUAUCUUGUAAUCUGGUACUUGCAUUCAGUGCCUCAUUUACUCCUCUCUACAUACUUGUAUUUCAACAUUAUCUUUUAUUUAUUUAUUUAUAGUAAGACUAUAAAUAUAGCAGUCAGGGGAUUGGCUAAGGACCAAAGGGAGAAAGUGAAGGCUUAGUGGGGUUGAAUAAUGGAGAAAGAAGAUUUGAAAUGGGAGCAAAAUGAGGUGGAACUAGCAGAAGAAGAAGAAGAAGAAGAAGAAUUAGUGGGUCUUCAAGUAAGAAGCUCUAAAGCUACUAAAGAAUUAACCAAUGGGAAAAUUCAGACAAAUGGGCACACAAAUUCUUCUUUAAAGUUCACUAAUGGAACAGAAAAAUCUGAUCUUGGUGAUGUACAAGAAAGUUCAAAGGAGAAACUUCUAAAUUCCAGUUAUGGGGUUGAAGUUGAAGAGGAAACAGAACCAAAAGAAGUGUCAGUUGAGCAGGUUUUAGCCUCAAAUAAUGGGGUUGAAGAGGGAACAACUGAAGCUAAAGAAGAGUUAGAAAAGCAGUUUGUGACUUUAGCUAAUGGGACUGAAAUGUCUGAUCUUGAUAAUGAACAAGAAAGAUCAGAGGAGCAGUUUUCAGAUUCCAAUAAUGGAGUUGAAGUUGAAGAAGGAAAAGAACAAAAAGAAGAGUCAAUUCAGCAGGUUGUAGCUUCAAAUAAUAGGGUUGAAGCUGAAGAGGGAACUGAAGCUAAAGAAGAGUCAAAACAGCAUCUUGUGACAUCAACUAAUGGGACUGAAGAAGGGCCCUUCAAAUCAGGCCAUUCUGUUUAUUAUGACAAAGAUGAAGGAAUAUGGAAGUGUCGAGUCUGCUGUUGGACUUUUCAAGGCAAAAGCAUAAGUAUUGAUUGGACAAAGAUUCCUAGGGGCCACUUGCAUAAGCUGAUGAAUUACCCAAUGUUUGAUCAGAGGGGACUUUUAUUCAGUUUUGGAAGUGAAGAUAGUAACUUCACUUCUACACCUUUCAUAAAGGAGAAGAUUGAUAAAAAUCCAGUAGAUGAAGAAGUUCAGGAGAGUGCUGUUCUAGACAUUCAACUUAAUGGAUAUUUGAAGAGUGACAACUUGUCAAAUUCAGGUGCUCAGCCGUCCAAAUAUCUUUCAGAAGAUCACAGUAUAGUUCACAAGUCCACAUCCAUUGAAGAAAUAGAAAGCGCAGACACUGACCUGAUAAAUGACAGUGACACUGAUGUAAAAGAUUAUGAUGUUGAGAAUGUACUUCAGAAGCAGAAUACUCAUGAUCUUUAUUGUCCUAAUUGCAAGUCGUGCAUUACUAGGAGGGUUAUUCUUCGUAAAAGAAAACGAAAGAUUCGAAUUUCUGGUGAUGAUGUCAAGCGUAACAAACUCGAAAGUGUAGUUGACUACAAAGUGGAUGCUAGUCAUGCACAGGCAACUAGUGAUCAAGUACGCGAUCGAGCCGACACUUCUCUUGAUGGUACUCCACAAUUGGCAGUGGAUGAUAACCAGCCUGAUAGAGAGCCAGAGAUAUUCAGAUGCCUAUCAUGCUUCAGCUUUUUUAUUCCAACAGGGAAUGGAUUAAAGCUGUUCCGAUUUUAUGGAGAGAAAGGUGAUAAACAAAAUGUCAAAGGUGAACAGAUACCUACGACGAACAAAAAUUGGUUCUCCUCUAUCUUUGCAUCAGAUAAGGGAAAAGCAUCAGUUGAGCAAGGAAGUGGUAUUGGGGCAAAUGCAGUGAAAAAUGAUGCCGGAGUACUUACGCCAUCAGAUAAUUUCAAAGAUCAGAGUGCCAAGCCCUUAGUGAUUAGGGAAUCAGCCCCGCCUGCAUAUUCCAGCAGUGAAACUCAGGAAGCUGGAGGGAAAAUUUUAGGAUCAGAGAACCAAGAUGCAAAAAUGAAGGGGAAAAUGGCGAUUGAUACAGUGGGUAAAUCAGAGAAUGCAACAAAGAGUCAAGCAGGAGGUUCUGUCUUCGACAUCUUUGAGGAAGGGAUCCUUAAUCUGCCAAAUGUUGCAGCCUCUUCUGAGAAAGUUGGAGGAAAUGAUAGGAAUGAUGAGCUGUUAAGAACUGCUGGCAGAAUUCAAGUUAGUAAUGGAAAUCUUGCGCAGGAGAGUCUGCCAGCAUCUCAACAAACUGGAUCAAAGGUUCUGAUAACUUCAACAAAGGAGGAGUCUCUAACUAUUGAGAAAUCAGGGACUGAGUUAAAAUCUGAUGUGAUGAUAACUUCAACAAAGGAGGAGUCUCUAACUAUUGAGAAAUCAGAGACCGAGUUAAAAUCUGAUGUGAUGAUAACUUCAACAAAGGAGGAGUCUCUAAUUAUUGAGAAAUCAGAGACUGAGUUAAAAUCUGAUAUGACGUUUCUAAAUAAAGGUCCAGAUAAUGAGUCCUUUCUGUCUUCAGCAACCACAGCUUUUGCACUCAAUGGCUUAGAUGGAAAUGGGAAACCCAAGUUUUCGACAGAAAUCCCUCAAGCACACGAGCAAAAUAUCAAUGCCAUGCUUCCCUCUGAGUCUCCGGUGGAAAACAAUGGCAAUAAUUUUCAACUUAGUAAUAAAGAUGGUUCGGAUCCUUAUGAAAUUUCUCAACAUACCAUCACAAAGACCAAAUUUGAGAUCCACUCGAAGCAGCCUUUAAAUGUUGAUAAGGAUGCUUUAUUUUCAUCGGUAAAGGAUGCUUUAUCAAUUCACGAUGCACCAGUUAACAUCACCAACAUUUCUGUGGAAGCAGCUGCAAAUGGCAUUGCAGGCAAGGAUACAGUUAUAACUGUGGAAGCAGGGCAUGAAACUACAGAAACUUCACCAAAUCAAGAUACUCAAAUCCAUUUUGUUGAACGACAAGGAACUGAUGCUGCAGAAGGUUACAGAAUUGAGAUCAUUAAAAGCAUUAUAUUUGGGGGUUUAGCUGAGUCAAUUACAAGCUUAAGUGUUGUAUCAUCUGCAGCUGGUGGCGACACAACUACAUUGAACAUUUUAGUACUGGGAAUGGCUAAUCUGAUUGGUGGACUUUUCAUCAUUUUCCACAAUAUUUGGGAGUUGAAAAGAGAUCGUUAUGAGCAAGCCAGCAACCAGAUAAUGGAGACACAUGUGGAUAGGUAUCGACAACUACUAGGCCGGAGAGAAAACUUCACAAUGCAUGCCGUAGUUGCUGUACUAUCAUAUAUCAUAAUUGGACUAGUGCCUCCAAUAGUCUUCGGCUUCUCAUUCCGCAAGAGUGAUGACAGGGAAUUCAAAAUCGUGGCAGUUGCUGCAGCUUCGCUUGUAUGCAUCUUAAUGCUGGCAAUUGGAAAGGCUUAUGUUCAGAGAGCACCCAAACCUUACUUCAAAACUAUAGCUACUUACAUUAUUUUGGGGUUCACUGUUUCGGGUGUGUCUUAUGCAGCAGGUAUAUUAUUCAAAAGACUGCUGGAAAAACUUGGUUUUUUCCAGCCGAGUUCAACAGUAAACCUGCUCCUACCAGAGAUACCAGGCUCUGGAGGAGCAUGGGCGUCCUUAUGAUGAAUACCUGUAAGGCUGUAACCUCCCGGAAUAUCCUCUAGUUAACUCUUCGUGAUUCCCUUCCUUUGGCAUUUUUGUUUAGCUUUAGCCUGUACACAUGCUCCUCCACUGUUAUUUUAAGUUUAGUUGUCGGCGAAUGGAAGAAAUAGAAACCCUGGUCUGACUGUAAAAUGAAAGGGAAUAUCAGAUUUAUAACAUUUCUUUGAGUAAAUUGAAAUAAAGUUUUUUUACAUAGUCA